UACGCUACCGCGCAUGUAUGAGCUCCUGGGUCGUGAACGCGCCCAUUGCCGAAACGGGGAUAAUCCGCAUACUUUACCAUUACCCUGACCAGAUCAACUUAAGAUCAACCUUGGUGAAUUCCGGCGUAGCGGUGCACUGAAAACCUAGCUACAGCAUUGCUGAGGCGUCCCUUUUUCCUCCUGCAUUUUAGUGGAAUUUAUAUCUUGCCGAAAAUGAACCCGUCGUGUAGCAGAUGUAAUAAGACCGUGUACCCAACGGAAAAAGUAAAUUGCCUGGACAAGUAUUGGCAUAAAGGCUGCUUCACCUGUGAAACAUGCAACAUGACGCUCAACAUGAAGAACUACAAAGGCUUCGACAAGAAACCAUACUGCAGCCAACACUACCCCAAGAGCUCCUUCACCAGUGUGGCCGACACUCCAGAGAACCUGAGGCUCAAACAACAGAGCAAGAUGCAGAGCGGGGUGCAGUACAAGGAGGAGUUUGAGAAGAACAAGGGCAAGGCGUACUGCGUGGUGACCGACACGCCAGAACUCCAGCGGAUCAAGAAGACACAGGACCAGAUCAGCAAUAUUAAGUACCAUGAGGAGUUUGAGAAGAGCAGGAUGGGUGACGCUCCCCCGCCAGACAAUGACGCCAGUCAAGGCUACCAGCCGUACCAGGCUCCAGCUCCAUCCCAAAUCCAACCCCCUGCAGCAGCACCCGCACCCGCACCAGCACCCGCACCGGCACCCACUCCUGCUGCAGCUGCGCCGCCACCCAGUGGUGGGAAGCGUUUCCGGGCGAUGUAUGACUACGCGGCGGCGGACGAUGACGAGGUGUCGUUUGCGGAGGGCGACGUGAUCCUGGACGUGCAGCAGAUCGACGAGGGAUGGAUGUUCGGACGCGUGCAGCGCACCGGGGCUCAGGGCAUGCUGCCCGCCAACUACGUGGAGCUGGCAUGAGGAGACACACACACACACACACACACACACACACACACACACACACACACACACACACACACACACACACACACACACACACACACACACACACUCUCACACCGGGGGCGCCAACUGCAUAGAGCUGUCAUAAGGAGACCUAUACAGUACUUAGGAAUCCAGGGCGUCCACAAAACAUGUAUUCACAUUUUUCAAUUUACAAUGAUUUAAAGUGUGUAUACAUUUUUGAUACACCCUGUACACACACACACACACACACACACAGGAGUGGAGGUGGAUUAUUGAGGAAAAAGGGGAGGUGGUGUUGGGUGGGGCGAAAGGAAGAAAGUAAGGAAGAGAAAAGAGGAGUGUCUUUGGUUUGAUGGGAGGAGAGACGAGGGUUGCCAGAGAUACAGGAGAUGGAUUUUUAAAAGGGCUUGGUGGGAAGAAUUGGGUAAAUAAAAGAUACAAACAAAAAAACAAAUAAACAAGCAGGUGUGUGUAAAGGAGUUGCCACGACAACUCAAGUGUCCUUGCGCUGCUUUUGAAAUACUUAAUUUUCUUUCUUUUUUUUGCAACUUGAUUUCAAAUUUUUGUUAUUCUGUUUUGAAGUUUUUCUCUUCUUUUUCCCCCAGUUUGUAAUGGGUCAUAUUAGCAGGGGGGGAAAACAAAACAAAAAACAAAAAAAAAUAUCAAACAAAACAAGUUGCAUAAGAGCUUUGGCUGAAGUCCUAGCCGAUCUCAAUCUCAAGGGCCAACAUCAUUUCUAUAAACGAUUGCCUUAUUUCAAUAUCCAUCAUUUUGUGUUAGUUUUUUUAAAAAUACAUUCAUUUUGCUUCAUACUCUACACGCACCUAUGCUCAUCGCAAGCUUACAUGGCCCUUCUUGUUUAGCGCCACUCGUUUGCUCUCUUGUACUCCCUUUAUAACGAACGCAUGGCCGGUAUUUCUGUAUUCGAGCACAAUGUGAAUCUUUGCUCCCCUGCAUUCUACCAAAGAGUCUUCUAUUAGAGUAAGAUACUUCAAGCCCAUUCUGUUCCUGGAUCCAUGUGACGUCAGGUGAACGCCCCUUUAGGAGACCUUCAGUUAAGAGACCUUUGGAGAGCUUAUGUUGAGAGUAAAUAGAGUUCCCUUAUCGCUGUAGAUGGCGGUAGCGCACAUCUUGUGCACGCUGCCUCCAAACACCACAGAAAGAGAAAAAGACGAAGAAGGGGACAACGCCCCAUUAGAAGACCCAACUUGAGGACACUCCUUUGCAUUGGGUGGGCGUUCCUUGCAUUAUCUUUCUCUAAUAGAAGAUUCUUUGAUUCAACCUCGCUGGGCUAACAGGCACCAUAGAUAUAGAAGGCUUACAUGGCACAUGGUUCAGCAAUUUGCCGUAGCCUUGGGCGCCACCAUCUUGGUCCAGUACCCUGUGUUUUUCAUAGAUGUUGUUUUACCUACCACCACCACCUACAGGAUAAUGUACAUAUCGCCUUGUCACUGGUAGAUGGCAGCAUUAUACUGGCUAAGCAUGGCGGAGAAUAUCUUGAGCCAUUCAUUCCAAUACACUUGUGUGGUCAAUGGGGCACCUAGUGUUCUCUAUCUAUGGACAGGCAUCAGCAAGGGAAGGAGGGUCGUUAUUGGGCUGCAGUGUACUCUGGGUAAUGUAGUUUUGUCUACCACUUCCUGGUGUUUGGGGACACUUGGUAGGUACACUGGACGAUCCAUCAAUCCAGCCCCCAUUGAAGUCUUAGCUGAACGCGGCAGACACCAUAGACAUACUAUAUAUACAUGUAUACUGUAUAUACACGUGUGUAUACGUCUAUGGAAGACACAGCCUCCACAGCCACACAUAUGAUCAUGCACUUUUAAGGAACGAUCGGGGAAAAAAAUAGAUGAAUAAAUAGAUAUUAAUGUCAACAAAUAACUAUGUUUAAAGAAAUCAAGGCGGUUUUCUAUGAAAAAAAGUAAUUGAGUCCUUGCUACAAAGUGCAAUGUUAUUUCACGCUGGCCUUCCUUCCUUCAAAAGACGGCUAUGGAUGGAGGGUCAGGCUGUCAAGUCUUAAGAGGCAGAAAUGGUAUUUUAUAGAAACUCCAAAAAAUAUAACAAAUAUGCUGUAUAGUGUAACCAAUGACUUUUCAUUCCACGGUUAUUUGUUGUUGUUUUUUAAACAAAGCAUUCCAAUUCUUCAUUAUAUUGACAAAUAAAAUGGUGCAAUGACAUGAA